UAAUACUAUUACUUGCUUGAACGUAUACACAGUGAUAAGACAUAAAUGAUGAAUCAAAAUAAAGUAAACAAAUCACCGGAACAAGGCAGCUUAUAUAAACAAAUUUCAUGGCAUCGGCCGCACCGCACCCAUGAUCAUCUUUGAUUCCCAACAAUGAAGACGUUUCUUUUCCUAAGCCAAUUCCAUCUCCACCGAAUUCGAUUUAUCUCACAACUAUUUUCGGUUUUACACGCGGAAGGUGCAAUCAAAUCGAACAUGGAAUGCCCACAUGCUGCUCGACAGAAUGCUCUUAACAGGUCUUUGUAUCUUUUCCUCUCGAAGCCCUUGUCACGCGGCUCUCACGUGAUUAAGUCAGUCCUCUCUUCUCCGAAUAACUACUCUAACCGUCUCUUAUAUUUCCCGCCUCGCCUCUUCUCUCCAAAACAACAAAAGAAAAAUAGCAAAGAAAAAGCUUUUUGAAGAAUCGAAUCAAACAUGGAGACUGCCUACUUCGUAGAAGACGAUGAGGAAGCACAACGAAUCCAACAACUCUCUGCAGAUUACAUCGCUCAAGGAGAUCACAUCAAGGCCUUGGAGGCCAUCGAAACUUGGAUGUCUUCUCCUCAUAACAAGAAGAACAAGGCCCUAUACUUUUUCUCGUUCCAGCAAGGUCAAAUCUUCUCCAAACAAGCCAAGCGAGCAGAGAACAUCCACGCGAAAUUCGCGUUCCUACUCGGCUCUGCGGAGUGCUAUUCGGCAAACGGGGGCUUCUCGUCGUUCUGCGCCGCUCAGCUCUUUGAUCUUGGCGGUUUGAUCGGAUCGCCAUUGUACUUGAAGAAAUCCGUAGGCAAAGCGAAAGAGUAUAUUUCUCUUUUAGCGUCUUUUGCUGGAUUGAGUUCGCAAGAGGAGAAAAGUCUAAGAGACGUCAAGAGUAUACUCAAAGCUGCAGAGUCAAGGAUCGCUGCUGGUUCUCCUAGGGAUCCUGAAGUUAGUGUUGCCAAGAACAAUGAAGAGAAGAAUGAAUCUGAUUUCGUUAGAGGGUUAAGAUCGUACUGGUUAGGUUUGAAUGUUGAGGUCAAAAGGAAGUUUAUGGAAGUAAGCAUUGAGGAUUUUACUAGCUAUGUGCAGAGAUUCUACGGCACAGAGGGACGAGAUGCUUUGGAGAAAGUACUGAGUUCUGCAGUAGAUAACAAGAAAUGGAGGCGUUGGGUAUGUCGAUCUUGUUCGGAAGAGUUCUUACCCCUUAAAAAGUUCAAGAACCAUCUUGAGAAAGAACACGACGCAAAGUUUAAGCCUUCUACGGCAGAGCAUAUGGCUCAGAUGGUAGAUGAAGCGUGGGCUGGUAUGAUAACGGUUGCAGGUUGGGAGCCAGUGGAUACAGCUGCUGCUGUUGAAAUGAUCAAGACUCGGCUUGAUUUUGUGAAAGCGUUUGUAUAUGAGAAUGGAUGGUCCAGAGACUGGCCAUUAGCUACUACAGAUGAAGAACGCAGCAAGUUGCUCAAGGAGAUCCAGUUGCUACUUGUGUUGUUUUGUGAGCGUAAGAUCCUUUCUUGUGGUCUUAGAGACUGGAUGAUGCGUUUGCUGAUUAAGCAUCUUGCACGGUUUGAGGUUUCCAAGCAUACUCUUACUACAGAGUGUCGCUUAGUGGAAACACCUCAGAGCAUCUGCUUUUUGGGAAGAAGUGAACUCGAACAGAUUCUAGACUUUCUCAAACGCAUCAAGUGUGAGAGGGAAGAUGGAAAAGAGAUGAUUAGCAGAGCAGUGGAUAGUUUCUACAGUGGGACUCGAGUUAAAGAGAGGAUAGACUUCGACGAGCUGUUUUCAUCUCUGCUUCUGGAUAAGAGGCUGCUGCGAUGUGAGAUUGCUCAAUUCGAUGAUGAAGGGACAGUAAGUUUCUUGGACCCCAAUGAUCACUACGCCAAGGCAAAUGCCUGUGGAGAUGAUAUAGUGUCUUGGUUAGCGGAUCACUCCUCUGGAGAUGAGAGGUUUCGAUUCCCAAGACCUGUGAGGACACACAAUCUAGAUAUUUGGGUGGCUGUUUUGAGAGCCGUUCAGUUCACCUGUAGGACUUUGGGAACCAAAUAUGCAAAGAAACUGCAGAUGCUAGGUUAUGAUGCAGGUCUUGUUGACGCCAUUAACUUAUGUGUAAGCGAAAAUAAUAAGAGGAGUGCUCCAGAACAUCAAUGGAACAAAUAUGCAUCUCUUCUAGGGGAUGAAUGUGAAAGGAAGCAUUUAGUGACAGAAGCUAGAGAUUCUUUCAAUACACGCCUGUUCUUUUGUUCAGUUCGAGAUGCUCUUGAAGAAGCACCGGAUCCGACAUUUGAUUUCCCAGAUUUAGAAGAUUGCCUGAAGCGUAUUCAUGGGCACAAAAAUCUCAGCGAUGAUAUAGUCCUCAAGUCCAUAGACCGUCUGAGAUCAAUGGUCGCUGAUAAGGUUCCGCUAGUCGAUACCAAGAUGUUGCUGGUUGAAAAUUCAAGGAUUAGUUUGUUCAACGACCUCAUCAGACUUUCUGCUUUUGACUACCGCUCUUACAUCCUUCCACCACUCAAAGAAUUCUUGCUGGAAGGAAUUGUAGAAGAUAUGGAACGCAAAGCCAAGUUAGCUGCAGCACAAGCAGAUCGCUUACUCGAGGAGGAAAUGAAAUCACCGUCAAAAAAGAAGAUAAAUAAAAGCAGCAAGGAAGAGCUAGCUGCAGCACAGGCGCUGAAACUUUUAUCCGAGAACAGACAAGACAAAGAGAAGAGUUCGGGGUCAAAGAAGAAGAGACGCAGAAACAAAAAGAGAACUUCAACAAGCAUGCCUGGAGUUCUUGAUCAGAAUGUCGAACCUGUUACUUCUCCAUCACCUAAACCGGGGGAAGAAGAUUCUAUGGAAUACGAUCAACAGGAAGCUGCUAAUGAUAUGCAAAACAUGCCUGGAGAAGAUUCACCGUCGAAACAUUUGGAGCCAGCACAUGCAGAAGGUCCACUCAUAUAUAACUCAGCUCUUGCCAUGACGCUGAAGGCUCUUUGUUACACUGAGAUUCUUAAAGAGUAUUUGGUGCAAAACCGUAAUCAAUUUUAUGACCACCGGGAAGAACGAGUUCCUUUUGCAAUAGGAAAUUUCUUUACUGCGUUUGUCUCGAAGCAAAUGAAAGAGGGACUCUACAGUUACCUCUUAAGCGACUUACUUUCUUCCAUAGAAGAAGUUUAUUCCAUGACAAGUCAUGCCGCUGAGCUACUGGUAUCCAUCCUUGAGUUUUGGCCUUGCUGGGAAUGUCCAGAAAUAGAAAACGUGGUCACUCAUGUUUUUACACUGGAGGAAUAUGAAAGAAUGAGUUGUAGCAAAUGCAAAAAGAAGCCAAAUUAUCCAGAGCAGAGUUCUUAUGGAAUCAUUAUGGCUGCAGAUUCAAUCAGAGACCUGCAGUGUGCUUUUGGGAAUACGAAGUUUGAGGACAUCCUUAAAAUGAUUCGGAUGGAAGAUAAAAUGAUAUGUGACCUUAAAACAGGAGGCUGUGGAAAGGCAAACUUUGUUCAUCACAUUAUUAGUAGAUGCCCGCCCAUAUUCACAGUCGUGCUGGAGUGGGAGAAGCAUGAAACGGAAAAAGAGAUAUCUGAAACAACAAAGGCUUUGGACUGGGAGAUAGAUAUGAGCAGGCUAUACGAAGGCUUAGAGCCAAACACUAAGUACCGGCUUGUGUCUAUGGUUGGUUGUGCUGGUGAAGAAGAAGAAUACAUAUGCCUAGCUUAUAAGAAGAACCGAUGGGUCAGUUUCAGUCAUGAAGCUUCUUCAGCAAAAGAGGUUGUUGGUAGCUGGAAGAGUGUGGUCAGAUUCUGUGGAGAAAGGAAGGUUCGGCCAGAGAUUUUGUUUUAUAAAGCUUUGCAAUGGCCUAACAAGUGACAAAAUCAUAUCUCAAUAUAGAAACCGAUUCAUGUAUUAACAGCUACAUAUUCUAAUUCAAAAGCAGUUUUGGUCUGUCUUAACAAAACAAUUGACCACUGAAUUGGAAUCGC